GUCACAGAAUAACACAAACUUGUCUUGUUUGAGGCCUAACUCAUCUAGGAAUUUCUUCAUCCACAAGAAUUGAUUGGGUUAAUAAUAAAAUGCGAAAAUCAUUAAUCAACAUGAUUAAUUUUCAAGUAAGAUAUGUUGAUGGGUGACUUAGAGUUGGUAGAGUCUUAUGAUGGGCAUUAUGAUGUUGUUUAUGGGACAUAUGAUCCUAAGUACCUAACUAGGAAAUCAAUGAUUGUUAACUUCAAAGGAACAUGGAGCAAGUUUAAUUCAAACUACUUUGAUGUAAUCAUUGUAAAACAUUUAAAGUUGUUCAUUCGUGAAUUUCUAUUCCAUCCUAAUCUAGAUGGAACUCAAAGCAAGAUUUCAUCUUCUCUAGGCAAUGGUUUCGUGCACAAGAUGGAACAUAUACUAUCUUGCAAUUUCCAGCAAUACAUAAGAAAAAGCCGCCAAGAUUAAGAUAUCGGCGAACAAAAAUUAAUCGUAAGAUAUAUUAUUUUGGUAAUUUAAUUUUAGUUCGAGCACGAG